AUGGCUGGCUGUUUCAUUUGAUCCAGCUCGCUGGGCUUCUAAUUCCUGCUGCGAGUCAGCUGGAAACAUUAAGAGCCAAGCAGAUGAUUGGCUGAGCUGCCACUCGGCCAGUCCGGAGGGGGCGGGUCUCUGUGCCCCCGCGCCGUGCUCCAGCCACCGGAGCGGAGCGGCGAGGAGCGGAGAGGAACAGCUGGCCUCAGCCUCCGCCUCCGCCUCCCCUGUCACUGACCUGUCUAUCCAUGCUCUCUCCUGGAGGACGCUAGCUGCGCGCUGUUUUCCCUGACAGGGAUGCCAACCGACGGAGCGCACGGAGGUUUUGGACUUCCUGUUGCUACGGUAACGGUGAGUUGCCCUCCGCUUGUUGUCUGAGCACUACGCUGGAGCGCGAGCGCUGCUCGUGGUGCUGAAAGCUUCGCGAGCCGCGAGGAGAGGAGACGAGCAGAGGAGAGAUGAGGAGACAGCAGCUGUGCGUGGCGGGCUUUUUACUCGCCUGGAAACUAGUCCACUUCCUCAGUGUGGGUCAGUGUAAGGAGGUGGACAAUGCCGCGAGGACACGGCAGGUCCCGAUGUCCCCCUCUGACUUCCUGGACAAACUGAUGGGGAGGACAUCUGGAUACGAUGCCAGGAUAAGACCCAACUUCAAAGGUCCUCCGGUCAACGUUUCCUGUAACAUCUUCAUCAACAGCUUUGGCUCCAUAGCUGAAACCACCAUGGACUACCGGGUAAAUAUCUUCCUCCGUCAGCAGUGGAAUGACCCCAGGCUCGCCUAUGCAGAAUACCCAGAUGACUCUCUGGAUCUGGACCCCUCCAUGUUAGACUCCAUUUGGAAACCAGACCUGUUCUUUGCCAAUGAGAAGGGGGCCCACUUUCACGAAGUCACUACAGAUAAUAAACUGCUGAGGAUAUUUAAGAACGGGAAUGUUUUGUACUCCAUAAGGCUCACAUUAACUCUGUCGUGCCCCAUGGAUCUAAAAAACUUCCCUAUGGAUGUUCAGACCUGUAUCAUGCAGCUGGAGAGCUUUGGUUACACCAUGAACGACCUGAUCUUUGAGUGGCAGGAAAAUGGACCAGUCCAAGUGGCCGAGGGCCUCACGCUCCCGCAGUUCAUCCUCAAAGAUGAAUCAGACCUCAGAUACUGCACCAAGCACUACAACACAGGUAAAUUUACCUGUAUUGAGGUGCGCUUCCAUCUGGAGCGGCAGAUGGGCUACUACCUGAUCCAGAUGUACAUUCCGUCUCUGCUCAUCGUCAUCCUGUCCUGGGUCUCCUUCUGGAUCAACAUGGAUGCUGCCCCGGCCAGAGUGGCUCUGGGCAUCACCACGGUCCUCACCAUGACAACACAGAGCUCAGGCUCCAGGACUUCACUACCAAAGGUCUCUUAUGUGAAGGCCAUAGACAUCUGGAUGGCAGUGUGUCUUCUCUUCGUCUUCUCAGCACUGCUGGAGUAUGCUGCUGUCAACUUUGUGUCCAGGCAACAUAAAGACCUGCUGCGAUUCAGAAGGCAACACAAGAACAAGAGCAAGAGCAGUGGAGCUGCAGUCGAUCCACAGGAGCUCGCUGAUUCCCUUCAUCGUGUUAAUGUUGACCACAGCCUCAAACCAGCAGAGCCUCCUAAUGGAUCUCUGAACAACAUCUGCACCAACAGCCACAGCAGGGAAGGGGAAGUACACGAGAGCAGACUGACCUCCACUCCGAGCAAGAGCAAGGACACAAAGGCCAGCUCCAACAAUGCUGUUACUGUACUAAACACCCAGAAUGCACCUGGAGGAGCAGCAGCAGGCGGAAGGGGGAAAAGCAUUGAAGAGAUGAGGAAGUUAUUCAUCGACAGAGCCAAAAAGAUUGACACUGUGUCGAGGGCCGGCUUCCCUCUGGCCUUCCUCUUCUUCAACAUCUUCUACUGGGUUCUUUAUAAGAUCCUUCGAUAUGAAGAUGUACUCAAGCAAUAGAAAGAAAGAGCAUGUGAGCACGCACACACAUCCUUCUACCUCUGUUCAUACGAGGACACGUCAUUAAUCACUUCCCCUUCCUUAACCCUGACCUUUAGGAGCUUUCAGGAUGACCUGACCUUAUCAAAACACUCCUGAUUCUCAAGGCGUAAAGCUCUUAUUACUUCUCACUUAUGAUGUAGAAAAGAAUCAAGGAUGAGCAAUUCAAAGAGUACUAACGGCACUGACAGAAUGAUGAGAUUAUUUUUCUAAGAGACUGACUCCAUGGCUGAAAACCGAGUGGAGGUAAUUACUCCAUGUGACAGUAUCUGGAACAGUAUGCAGAACCCUAUCCAGCAUAUGGACACAUCCUCUAGUCAAAGAGCCAGUAUAAACUGACAAGUUAAAGACAAUGUCCCAUUAAUCAUCAGUCUGCUGAGGAAUGGAAGAACCCAACAGGUGGUAUGACAUCGAGAUUUAAACCAAACAAAUAUCUGGUCACAUUUACACACUAGAUAAGAGAAGCAUAGCAGCUACCGUUGGUGGAACUCUUACAUUGGAAGUGCUCAUGUGUGAUGGGACAUCAAGUAUUUAGUUGACCAAUCUGAUUCUAGGUGGUCCCUUAGCCUCUAAGUGUGACAGGGAUCCUGUCAGAGAGCAAAGCCAGGGUGAAGGCCAAUGACCAGGUACUGGGGUCUGAGUGGAGGACAACCAGUUCCUCUGCAACAAACCAAAGGCUAAAACGCUCAGCACCAGUUCCGAUUUCAUUCAAAGUGUUCCGAUCAUUGAUUAAAACACGGAUGUGUUCUUGAGCUUUAGAUAUCUAAAUGUAGCCAUAGGUAAAAAUUAGGGAUGCACCAAAAUCCAGGCUUUGGGGUCGGAUUCGGCCGAAUAUUUGGCAUUUGGUUUGUUUAAAAGACGAUUACCAUCAAGAUACACAGAUUUGCUAAAUUUUAAGUUUUCCCCUCACUACCUUUGUUACAUAACAUUUGUUGGUACAUCAGUGACAUGUAUGCUCUUCUCACGGGAUUGUUAGUGUGGUUAUCUUCCUGAGGACCGAGAGUGCAGCUCUUAACCAUGCCUCUUGGUUUAUGGGAUGCAUGUUACUCAGACAAAUGAGCUCUUUAGAGUCUAAUAGGUGCCAACCCAAAAGUAUGUUACACAGUUUCUGAAACAGCAGCCAGGAACCUGCCUCCGGAUUCUCACACAGCUGAUCCAGAUAAUCCAACCUUUUUUUGGCCUUUACUUGUAAGGACAGAUGGAAAACAGGACAGUGGAGAGAGAGGAGGAGGACACGCAGCAAAGGGCUCUGCGUUGGACCCAGCCCACCCAGGCCGCACUCCACUGGGUCAAACACUACUCAAAGAAUAGGAGCAAAGAGGUAUUACGACAUGAGGGGAAAAAGAUCAGAUUCUGGCCUUGUAGAUCAGUGGACACUAAAAACAGAAACUGCAUUGAUAUUGCCCUUGAGGAAAAGGAUUAAAUAAAAUGUACAUGUAGUAAGGUGUUAAAAGGUAGGCUAUUUGCAUGUUCUAACUCAUUUGAAUAUGCUACAGUUACUGCCAUAGACUGUGAAAAAGAAAAAAAAGUUUACCGCUGCUCCCUCCCACUCACAAUUGAUUACAUUUGGAAAUGAUCAUUGGACCAACGUCAUGUCAGUCUUGUAUCCUGGUGGUCAAUGGUUGGAGCAUCAUAUUUUGUGGCCAAUAACUGACAGCAUUAAUAAAUGAACAUUAAAUUAAUACAAGAGACCCCGCCCAACAGAGGACUGCAUUGGUGGACAUGACCUCUAUAAUCAUUGAGUCUACGACCAAAUAGAUUUGCAAACUUGCCUUAUUUCAGAAAGCAGUCCAACUCUUGGUUAGUCAGCAGAACAAGUCCUCCAGACAACUAUGGGCGGGAGAUUAAAAAAGGUUUUCUCCACACAGAGUAUAAAUGUGAUCAGCAUAUUUCAUGGAAUUUUGUAAAAUCUCUUGGAAGUUACACUUCUUCAAACUGGAAAGGGUUCAGUGAGAAAUGAGAAAUGAUGUGUUUGUUAGUCACAAGUUGUUAAGAUACUUUGCCAUAUGAUCAAUUAACAUUACCUUUUCCAGGUUUCUGAUGCUAGUGAGGCAAUCAGUGUUUUACUUACAACUGCCAAAAACUCCAUGUCCCUUUAAGAGCCCUGCACAGUGGUUGUACCGAAGAUGCUAGAUCCAUGUUUCUUUGUGUAUACUUUGCUCACAUUUGCAGUUCUCCUUUUCUGACACUAUUACUGUGAGACAUCUGCCCUGACAUGGGACUUUUAAGACGUCCAACACUGUGACAGAAACCAAGAAAAACCGGAAAGAUAAAGUGGAUUGGCUAAGUACUGCACUCCAUUGAGAGAUGAAAUGAAGAACUGAAAGGUCCCAGAUACAACAUGGGAAGACUACAAGUAUGGAGGACUUUCAUUAAAAAUAUUGCAACAGACUGCAUCCUUGAAGGAUUGUGGAAUAUCAGGAUACACAGGAGAGAACACACGCACACAUGCACACGCACACACGGCGCCAGAGAUCUUUUGCUGGUGCUAUGGGGUUGCUCGACGAAGUUUUGAGUUUCCCAGUACACAGUCACGCUCCCACCUCCGAACGAGAAGGAGACAGAGGUUGUUUUUCAUGCACUAAAGUUGCCGAUAUAACAGCACCAUGAAACUCUGAUUAGCCCUCCAAACAAAAACAUAGACAUGCAUCCUCACACAGUAUUCACACAUGCACACAUGGUAAAAAUGUUUUAAUGAUAAACAUUUUUAGUAUCUGUAGUGACUUAAUAUUUCUAAAUGAGCCACGGAACCUGUUUCUAACACGUUUUCAGGGUUAGACAUAGGUGAGGGGUGCAGAGGGGGUGCUAUGGGAAACCUAGUGGUAGCUAGAGCAACCUCAAGCCCCUCCCUGGGGUUGCCUAUGACACACACACACACUCACACUAAUUACACACACACAAAUUACAGACAAAUUACACACUGUUUCGCCCACUUGUGUCUUACAGCUCAACUGCCAAUGUUGUUUUUGUCCCCUACGCUUUCAGCCCCACCUUAAACUUCUUACCACACACACACACACACACACACACACACACACACACACACACACACACACACACACACAAACACACCUCAAACGGUUAUUCAGCUCUAACACCUCCUGUGACAGAUCUAAAUUGAUUUCCUGUUUACACUGAGAGAAAUGCUCUGUGGACAUUUCCAGUUGCCCCUUAGAUUUACUCACACGGGUUUCACUCACCCACAACCACAGGCUGUUUUCUGCCUGUUCACAAAACCACCUUUUAGAAACCUUAUUUGUGUGGACAGUUUCGAAACGAUAAAGGCAAUGUAAAGUGAAUUGUUUCUGUGUCUCUGAGCAGCCCAGUUGCCUGCAAAUGGCAUUCAUAUAAAAGAAAUGUGGAUAAAAACUAUUUAAAUUAAAUUCAUUUGCACAAAAAAAUGUGUGGAGAAUAUUAGUGGAGGGGUGAGUUCAGUGAAAGGUUAGUCUGAGAAGGACAUUGUGGGUGAUGGAUGUAAAGUGGCUUGUGUCCCAUAAAAGUCAAAAUGAGUCUGAAAAGAACUUCCUAUACUAUAUUUUGUACUUCAGAGAUCGGAUCCUGUCUGAAGCCAAAGUAUUGUUGGGUAGUGAAAUGUCGACCCUAGAGUACACAGCAGUUCAUUGGAAUUUCCUUUCUAACUUUCAUUCCUGUCAGCUGUACCGUUCAGACUGCAGGGGUCUGCAGAGGGUUCUGUGCUGUAGUUUUCUUUCUACUGAGGCAACCACAAAAGGACUGGUACAUACAGUACAUUUGCAGUUUUAGCCCAUUUCCUACAACCUACAUUUCCUACCAAAUGUUUCUCAAAGCAUGUUGUAGUAAUUUAGAUUUCCACUUGAAUGUUCCACAGUAUGACUUGCAGGGUGUUGAAACUUGCUUAAUGUCUGCCAUAUGUCAUAGUGAUCAUAGUAAUAUGCUGGUCAUUGUUUCAGGCCUUUACACAUUGAUUUACCUUCCUUAGAAAGUCUCAAAUACUAUGGAAAUGUAUACACAACGUGUGGGCUAAAAUAUGCAACAUAGUCCUGUGUGAACAUUUACACGUCCUGCUGGGUGGCAGAAAAAAGGCACAGUCACUCAUACGUAGUUACCUUUUGCAUAGUUGGCCCUGAACCAGGAUCUGAAUGGCAUAACAAACAGCCAAUGGCUGCACACGUUUUAGAUGGGGUCCAUCUCAUGUUGACCCCCGACUGAGACUGAACUCCCAAACACUGAGCAGUGUUUCCAGUGUCAUGCACCAAUGAGCAUGACCUUAAACUAACACACACGUUUUGGCACGAGCCACACUUUAGUCUUGUUUUACCCUAUUUACUAUUUCACAUGCUCUCCUUAUUACUGAUGCUAUUAAGACAGACCUGGUGUGUUACAUUUCUGCGUCUUUGCCCUACCAACCCGCGUGU